CCUUUACGCCAUAUGCGUACGACAGCGUCCCUUAAAAAAUCGCUUCUGUCAUACAACCAGGAAGGAGGUGGGAUAGCCGUGCAAAGCUAACAUCCCUGUCUUUUCGCUAUUCUUUUGCCGAAAAUAAUGGGGUCUUCCAGGUGGAAGAUUGCAGUGGCGGUGCUUUUCGUAGUAGAGUGUUCACUAUUAUCUGUGGGGGCAGAUGAACACGAGCAUACGUACGUAGACAAGGAGGAGGUGGUGUUAUGGAUGAAUACGGUGGGGCCUUACCAUAACCGACAAGAGACGUACAAGUACUUCUCCUUGCCCUUCUGUGUGGGCACCAAGAAGACCAUCAGUCAUUACCACGAGACUCUUGGAGAAGCUUUGCAAGGAGUGGAGCUGGAGUUCAGCGGACUAGACAUAAAGUUCAAAGAUGAAGUCAUGCAAACCUCAUACUGUGACAUUGAGCUGGACAAAGCCAAAAGGGAUGCCUUUGUUUACGCCAUAAACAAUCACUACUGGUACCAGAUGUACAUCGAUGACCUUCCCAUCUGGGGUAUUGUUGGUGAGGCCGAUGAAAAUGGAGAGGACCAUUACCUGUGGACGUACAAGAAGCUGGAGAUCGGCUUUAAUGGCAACCGGAUUGUGGACGUCAACCUGACCAGUGAAGGCAAAGUCAAGCUGGUGCCAAACACGAGAAUCGCUAUGUCCUAUUCUGUCAAGUGGAAGAAAUCGGACGUUAAGUUUGAAGACCGGUUCGACAAGUACCUUGAUCCUUCCUUCUUUCAGCACAGAAUUCACUGGUUCUCCAUCUUCAACUCCUUCAUGAUGGUCAUCUUCCUGGUGGGCUUGGUGUCCAUGAUUCUGAUGAGAACGCUGCGGAAGGAUUAUGCCAGAUACAGCAAAGAAGAGGAAAUGGAUGACAUGGACCGCGACCUGGGCGACGAGUACGGCUGGAAGCAGGUCCACGGGGACGUGUUCCGGCCCUCCAGCCACCCCAUGCUCUUCUCCUCCUUGAUCGGCUCCGGCUGCCAGAUCUUCUCCGUGUCCUUCAUCGUCAUCAUCGUGGCCAUGAUCGAGGACCUGUAUACUGAGAGAGGAUCCAUGCUGAGCACAGCCAUUUUCGUGUACGCUGCAACCUCUCCCGUCAACGGCUACUUUGGGGGAAGUCUGUAUGCAAAGCAAGGAGGCAGGAGAUGGAUCAAGCAGAUGUUUAUCGGGGCUUUCCUGAUCCCCGCUAUGGUCUGCGGCACUGCCUUCUUCAUCAACUUCAUCGCCAUGUACUAUCAUGCGUCCAGAGCCAUCCCCUUCGGCACCAUGGUCGCCGUCUGUUGCAUCUGCUUCUUCGUCAUCCUGCCGCUCAACCUGGUGGGAACCAUUCUGGGGAGGAAUCUGUCCGGCCAGCCUAACUUCCCCUGCCGGGUGAACGCCGUGCCCAGACCCAUCCCCGAGAAGAAGUGGUUCAUGGAGCCGGCGGUCAUAGUCUGCCUUGGAGGAAUCCUGCCGUUCGGAUCCAUUUUCAUUGAAAUGUAUUUUAUCUUCACAUCUUUUUGGGCCUACAAGAUCUACUACGUGUACGGCUUCAUGAUGCUGGUUCUGGUGAUCCUGUGCAUCGUGACGGUCUGCGUCACCAUCGUGUGCACAUACUUCCUGCUCAACGCCGAGGACUACAGAUGGCAAUGGACCAGCUUCCUGUCUGCAGCGUCUACUGCUGUAUAUGUUUACAUGUACUCCUUUUACUACUAUUUCUUCAAAACAAAAAUGUACGGGCUUUUCCAGACCUCCUUCUACUUUGGCUACAUGGCGGUGUUCAGCACCUCCCUGGGAAUCAUGUGUGGUGCCGUUGGCUACGUCGGAACAAGUGCCUUCGUGAGGAAGAUCUACACAAACGUGAAAAUCGAUUAGGACCGGGAGAUCUGACCACGGGCAUCCUGACCAAGGCGG